GUGUGUUUUUUUGUUUUUUUAAUCUGUGAUGGGAUUCCUUCAGGAGCGACCUGCCGCCUAACCGUUAACCCCCUUAAAGGUAUCCUUUUGAGAUACACAUUUUAAUACGGAUUCCUUCAAGAAUCGGGAUGGACAGUAAAACUAUGACUUUGAGUGUGUUCUCGAUGUCCUCUUUGGGAACUCAAUAAUCUUUGGAACACACAUUUGCCCAGGCAGAAAAACAAACUGAACAGUUCAGGCUUUUGUGGUGUCGGAGGCUCAGAGAUGGAGACGGAAGAGAGGGAGGAUGCGUCACAAAAACAGGCGGCUGGUCCUAAAGCGGAGGCAGAAGAAGACCCGGCGUCCUGCCACACCUGCGGGGUGUGCGGUCGCAGCUUCCCUCUGCUCAGCUCCCUGUCGCAGCACAUGAGGAGACACACCCGGGAGAAGCCGUACAAAUGCCCCUACUGCGAGCACAGGACGGCGCAGAAGGGCAGCCUCAAAGCCCACAUCCGCAGCCACAAACUGGGCCUGUUCAGCCUCAACCUCAGCGACAAAGAGGCGGACGACAACCCGGGCCAGAGAAGCGACGCCGACACGCAGAGCUCCCCCGGAAGCGCCACCCCGUCCGACAAAACCCACAACGCCAACGGGAAGGUGAAAAAAGGGACGAAGAAAAAGGUUAAGGGCAAAGAUGUGGCGGAGGAGGAGGACGAGGAGCCUUUCACGUGCACCAUCUGCGGGCAGGUCUUCCCUCAGGUGCUGCUCCUCAAGUCCCACAUGAAACGGCACCGGGGCUCGCAGGACCACGGCUGCCGCAUCUGCGGGCGGCGCUUCCGCCAGGCCUGGUUCCUCCAGAGCCACAUGCGCAUUCACCGGGUCAAGGCGCAGCUGCGGGGGGGCAGAGCCAACGACCCGCCGGCCACCGUCAACGGGGUCCCCCAGGACCCCGCGUCGCUGACCAACGAGGAGUGCCUCUACGAGCUCUGCGCCGGAUGCGGCAACUUCUUCUACGACCGCAACACCCUGCAGGUCCACGAAAGGCUCCACAGGCCCGGCCGUGGCCCGCCCCAGAGCCCACCACGCGAAGAGGCCGAGGCCUCCGAUCUGCAUGUGGAAAAGAAGCGUUUUUUGGAGAGUUUGAACCUGACAAGCGUCGAGCCUAAGGAUGCCCCCGAGAGAAAUAAAUCGGGACAGCGGAUUCUAGAGCUGGACCCAGUCUGCAGCUACCAGGCCUGGCAGCUGGCCACCAGGGGGCGCCUGGCGGAGGCCACGGAGAAGUGUCUGGGAUGGGAGGAGAGGCUGGCCGACGCAGAGGUGGCGUACGACACGGAGAAGGGAGAGUACAUACCACUGAGGGAGAAAAAGAGGAAGCAGAUCGACACCUCAAACUCUAGCAUCAAGAAGAAGAAGGGCGACGCGGGCCUGGAGCACACGUCCAACACCCUGGCUCCCGCUAAGGUCGGAGACAAAAAGAUUUGUCAGAGGGACCGUGUUCUGUUAAACGGAUUAGGACAUGCUUUUUAUGAGGCCCUGCAGACAAAGCAGGUCAAAGAUGCUCAGCUCUCAUCCAAGCAGAACAAGGCCGCAAUGAGCCAAGAGAAGGAAGACAGAAAAUCCUUCUUCUGUGAGCACUGUGAUUUCCGCACUCCCGACCCCUCGGUACUCAAGUCUCACCUGCACGCCCAGCACCUGGGUUUCUACCCCAAACAGAGCACCGUCGUGGACAACAUUAGCAGAAGCGGUUCCAAAGCCUCGAGAUACAUGGACUACCUCAGGAGCAGGAGCUUGCUGCUCAGCCAGCCCUACUGGAACCCCUACACAGGCCCUCCCGCCCAGGAGCUCCUAGAGGCCAACAUAAAAAAAGAAAAGUCUAAUGAGACGGACGUAAAAGGGGAGGGACACAUGUCUGCCGAUGGCGCCAGUCUCCUCAAUCUGUCGUCGCUUCCCGUAGCCGAUGGGAGCGGGACUGCGAAAUAUCCGGUGAAAACCGAGGGUCUGGUGAGACAUCAGUGCCCGUACUGUUCCCACACCACCACCUACCCGGAAGUGCUGUGGAUACACCAGCGCGUCGCGCACAAAGUGGACGGCGGCAGCUCCAUGGCGCCUAAAUGGGCACCCUGCACGCACGGCAUAAAGAGCUCCAAAGCGGGCGCCAAUCAGUGGAGACGCACGGGGCCGCCGCCUUUCCUGGAGGGCAAAGACUGCCCGGCUCUACCCGCCCGCCGCACGCAGAGAACCCAGCCUCCAGGUUUCACCGGCCAAAGCAGCAGCAAGCAAACAGCCCCCAAGACCCAGUUAGGAGUCCCAAAGUCCAAAAAUAAUCAGCCCAAGGACCACCGUCCUUCUGAAGGGAGCACGCUGGGUGGGAGGGUCGGCCCUCAGCCGCAGAGGAAGUCUGGAGAACACAAGCGAGCAGCCGAGGGUGGGAGCAAAAGCUCCGCUUCCCAAGGGCCGGCGACCAAUUCGGCGCCCAACAAGAGUCUGCCGAGCUUCCAGCAGCCGCCGGGCAGCCCCAAACACAGACGCAGCAGGUCUGCCGUGGAGGGAAACUUCCCCCAGGAGGGCUUGGGUUUUAUGCUGGCCAGAAACUCGUGCGGGACUUCCAGCGACGCCCCCUCAGACAGACUCCACGCCCGCCGGCCGUCACGUGACUUCCCCAGCUCCAAGGGCCCCGAUCUGUGGGCCGCCAUGAACAUGUGGGGGCUGCACGGGGGCAAAGCCUAUUUAGAUCCGCUCCUUUUCGCUCAGGGCAAGAGCGAGUCGUCGGGAGAAAUGCCAAUGGACGUGGAUAUCCUGAGUCUCUUGAAGAACUACAGCCCGCACGACCUGGCGGCUCUCUACCAGCACUGGGGGUUCGUGGACCCCAGACUUGAUCGACAAGCGACAUUGCAGUUAAAUGGACAUUUUGGAAAUGAAGUCCAUUCUUCCUCUGAACCUUCCAAACAAAUGAACAGCCGCUCUUCCUCAUCCUCAGGGUCUCUCCACAAAGGAACGUGAAGACACACCGGACUCCCUCUGGUCCCAGCCUGCACAAUCCUACCUGCUGAACGGAGACGCCCGCGGUCUCUGAAGGAGCCACGAAAGGACCCGGAAAAAUGCACAAUACGUUGAAAGCAACGUCACGGACUCUUCCUAUUUUGUAACAUGGUUGUUUAAUUUGAAGUGUUUUGCAUGCUUUUUGUUUGUUAAGAACGUAGUUAGCUACUGAAAGACACACGGAGACAUUUUUUUUUCCAAAUGUUCUGUUGGAAAUUAGGCAGAAUAAUUGGAUAACUAACAGGAGUGCCACGGCCCAUAUGGGGUAUUACAGGCGGAUAAACAGAACAUUCUCUUGGCUAAAGCUGCUGUGAGAAAUGGAUGAAUUAAGAAAAAAAAUCACACAAAACACCAAAUCUGACAGUAAACCAAGUUCUCAAACACAAGCCAUGAUGCAAACGUGUGUCAUUACCAGCUGUAUGUCGAUGUUAACUAUAGUUUGCCACCUUUUUUUGUAAAUGAGCUGUUUUAUAAUUUUAGGAUUCUUACUUUUAUUUCUGAUUAAGUCUGGAAUUGUUAGGAUUCACAACGUGAGUCCAUAAAUAAGUUGUAACUCAACAUUAUAGGAAUGUUAGUACAAAAGGUACUGGUACUUUUUCGGGGCGGGGGGGGGGGGACCGAGCACAGGUAGAAUUAGUUUAUUUUUCUCCUCUUGUAGUUUCCCCACAGUAUGUUUUAAACCCUAAAAAUUGUCAUCAUCAUACAUCCUAUUUCAAAUAGGUUCAAGAUCUUGAAUGCCCAAAGUAAUUUAAGUAAUUUUUGCAUUUAAUGCCAAGAUGUGCAGCCUUUGGAUGUAAAGCAGCAAUAUUUUAAAUCCAAGCUUUGCAUUUUUUCCGAAUCUGCAUCCUCCACAGACACUUCAAGAAGCGUCAUCAGGGAUCUCAUCGUCUUUCACCUUGGAUUUGUAGUGCCAAGACGUUUAAAACAGCAUCUUAUAAGGUAGACCCAUAAUAACUGAAUUACGCGGCACACAGGGACAUAAAUCUAAAUUAGCGCACACCGUUUUAGAUUGAAAAGUUUAAAUUCAAAUGCAGUAUUUGCCCCUUUUCUGUAAAGGUCCGCUUCACUUUCAGAGUGCUAGUGAUGUAGAAGUUUAAAGCUGAUUUAUUUUCUUUUUUUAGAAGAAAAAAACCGUAGCAUUAAUUUCUAUUGAAUAACACGUCUAAGUCAAGCUAUAAAAAAGCCUGACGUUUUUUGUUUCUAAGACCUGGUAUUUGAGCUCUUUGUUUUCCAUUUGUUUAAUGUGUUUUUUUCUGUUUGGAGAUUUGUUUAGUAUGUUUACAUUUUAGUUCCACUUAUUCAGUAUAUACAUCUCCCAUAGAGAAUAGUACAUGCGUUUGAUUAAAAAAGCCAUCAACUUAUGAUUCUUGGGAGAUCCAGAGAAUACAUAAUUUAUUGCUGGGGUACCUAUUGUUUUUUAAAAAUAUAAAAUAUUGUAAACGGUAGCUUAAAGAAAUGUUUUUGUUUUCUUGGAAGAUGGAGAUUUCAGCACUCGUAAGUGAUCUUUGUAGGAAGAGGAGAGGUUCCUAAAUGGCUUUUUUCAGUCACACACUCGAGUCACGCCGCCGACUCAGCAGAGUACGACUUAUUUUAUGCAAACCGGAACUUUUUAUGCACACUUCAAGCUGAGAGCGGAGCCGUCACUCUCUGUGUUCCAUAAACUGAUGACGUUGGUAUGAGAAUUGACAUUUUCACCAGGUCCACACUUUGACUGUAAAGUGAUUCAAAUAAAGUUGGU